AUGCGCGGGCCCGGGCGCCCUCUCCUCCUGGCGCUGCUGCUGCUGCUGGGCGCGGCGGGGCCCAGCCGGGGCGGCCCCGAGCCCCGCGGGGAGGACCGGCAGACGCUGCUGCGGCUGCUGCUGGAGAUCAUGCAGGAGCUGAAGAGGUUCCACGCGGGGGAGGCCAAGCGCCUGCAGCCCCCGGGCUCGCGGGACGCCGCUCCCGGCCGCAGGGAGGCCGCCGACUACGCGCUGGACCCGGAGGAGCAGCGCGCGGAAAUCGUUCCUCGAGAUCUAAGGAUGAAGGACAAGUUUUUAAAGCAUCUCACAGGUCCUCUCUACUUCAGCCCCAAGUGCAGCAAACACUUCCACAGGCUUUACCACAACACCAGAGACUGCACCGUCCCGGCAUACUACAAGAGGUGUGCCCGGCUGCUGACCCGGCUGGCUGUGAGCCCCAUGUGCAUGGACGGAUGA